AGAAUUCUAAAUCAAACAUAUUAUUUUAGCUAAUUUACAGCUUUUUGAAGGAUCGUUUCUAAAUUCUCUUUGGAAUAAAUGCCCUAACUGCUUUGGGCUUAGACUGUGAGUUAUUUCAUAUAAGAGCUGCAAGUUUUGGCACAGUUGCCUCUGUUAGUGCAACUAAGAUUCUGAGUUUUAAUACGAAGCUUAGAGUAUUGGCAUUGUUGUCAUUCUAUGCUUGAAAGGUAUACACUUUUGGAGUAAAGUAUUAUAAAUUGGCUAGUGUUGUAAGUGACAUAGUGGCACAUUGACAAGAGAUGUAGCUGAGGUGUUGACUUUCGCAGCUUGUAUUUUCAGUGGUGAUUUUGAUGCUACCAUACUAUCAUGCUGUAAAAAUAUAGAGUAUAAAAUACGCUGUUUUUUAAACUCUGCAGUUACCAGAUGCUACUCAAAAGGAGAUGAGAUUUAUGUCAAAACAGAAAUUAUUGUAGCUUGUCUCCAGGUUAUGUUGUGCUGCUGUGUUUAGGCCGGCACCUCCAUUUCAGGCAGUCUUACAGAUGCACAGAAACGUUAAUGUUGGUAAUUAUUAAUGUUGCUAAUUCUGAUUUUGAAUUUCACGUCUUUCUGUUGACAUGAAUGAAAACUGUAUGAAACCCCUGAGCACAUGUUGCUUGAAGAUUUUGAUGAGAUAGAGCAUGAUCUUACUGUUUAACUAGGACACUUGUGUCCUGGUACAUCCUGAGGCCUGACACCACAGUCAGGAGAAGACAUGCCACCAGAAAUGCUGCUGAAGAUAUUUUCCUAUUUGGAUGCUGUGUCCUUGUUGUGUGUUGGUUGUGUGAAUAAGCACUUCUAUCAUCUGGCCAAUGACAAUGGAAUCUGGCUGAAAAUCUAUUCCAAUUGUUUUCAACCAAAAAAGACAAUUUGGGCAACAAACUCUGAACAAACAGAAACUGUUUCCUUGGGCUAUGCAGCUUUACAUAAUAGAAAGCCUGGGUACUGGAAGAAAGAAUACAUCUUCAAGCAAAUAGCUGCUGUCAAAACUAGAGUAAUGCAACUUGUUAAACCUGUAGAUCCUUAUACAGGUCUUCCAUGUAGAAACAGAGAAGCUAUAAAAGCCUUUGGCUUGAGCUGGAUAAUUGUUCUGAAAGACAAAAAUGGAAAGGAAUAUGUAAUAAAAAAGGCAAAGCUAUCAUUUAAGGACACAUCUGUGACUAUACGUUGGCAUAGUAUGAAUUGGCCAUGCUUGGACAUCCUGUCAACCCUAAAACUAUUUGGAGUUACACCAUUGUUUCCUGACCAAAGCAGACCUUCCAGCAAGGAUGGACCUCAUCGACGUUCCUUAAUUGCUGAAUACCAUCUUGCUAACCUGACUGAAAGUAGUGUAGCACUUGGUGCUGAUAAGCUUGUCCAGCUCUUUAAUCUGAAUCCAGGACUCUUAAUAGGACUUUGGAAGGAGAAAAAUGAAAUUGCUUUUGUUACGGCAAGUCUUCAUUAUUAUCAACUUCUUGAGAGAAGCAUUUUGGGUUCUGCUACUGUUGAAUAUACCCUUCCACCUAAUAAACCUGUAUUGGAUGAUAUUGAUCCAGAAUAUGGGCUGCAUAACUAUGAUCUGCACCUUGAUAUGCAUGGCGGAAGCUGGACCUUCCUGUGUGGAACAUUCAAGAAUCUCUUCUGCAGAAAAGAUGACAUUGAAAAUGGAUAUUUGAGGCUCACAGUUAUAAGCUUAAAGGAUAAUACGAAGCACUUGCCUCUUAUUGGGACAGUUGGCUUUUCCUGGGAAACAGAUGUGUUUAAAGGCAAUGUAAAGGACUGCUAUGUGAUGGAUGUCUCUCUCUUGGAUGAAAAUGAAAAGCCCUUCUGGUGUUUCAGUGCCCCAGCCUACAUCAGACCAUCUUCCAGGGCAUGCAGCCUCUUUGACUACAUGGGUCAUAUGUAUACCACAGACUAUGCAGACUCGGAGGGUAAAGUCUGUUUUGAGUUGGUAUGGUUGGAAGAAACAAAGGAGUAUUUUAUAGUCAAUCUGGUGCUUUAUAUAAGCAUCAAAAAGGUAAAUAAGUGGUAUGGAACAAAUUACUGACUAAUUUCCUUGCUUUAAGGACAAACAAACGAAAAACCCCACAUUAAACUUUUGAUGCUUAAAAUUGAUAGCAACAAGCAAGACUGUUCCUGAAAGUUUUGUUACUGAAAAAAACCUGAAAGGCAUGAUUGCAAUUACGUAAUUGUUUUUUAAUUGGCAUUGAAGGGAUUGAAGAGACAUGUUGAUAUAAAUUAAUGUUUUUAUUCUUUGUUGAACGUCCCAUGGAUAGUCUGUUUCUGGUACUGAGUAUAUUGAAAUUCUUUUUAGGAAUAUUUUUCUUUAUAGGUUUUUGUUGCUAUAGUUAAUGAAUUGCUUCUUGUGAGAGUUAUACUGUGAAGAUACCUUUCCUUACAUAAGCUACACGUUUUUUUGAGAACAUUGACUUUUAUGCCUAGUAGUAAAACAGCAUGUGUGCUGUUCCCUUCAGAUUCGUUAGAGUAUUAUUGGUAAAUAACAGGUUUUGACAGGUUUUGUUAAAUGCAGAAACACUCUUUUUCAGAAAAUACUUCACUUAUAUGUGUUGUAGUAGAGGAUCUAAAAGGCAGACAGAGAGUCACAGAUAUCAACAAUAAGUCAGUUAAGGCAUUUCUCAAGAAAAUCACAUACUAAUUGCUUAUGAAAUUUCUUCACAUUUUGGGUUGUACUGUUUUCCCAUGUUCUAACCUUCAGGUUUGAGCCUAGAUACUUGCCUCAUGUAUUGCCUUAUGACUAAGUGUCUUAAUUAUUAACACAGCUGAGCUCAUGUCUGCUCUUACUGAAUGUACAUAACAUUGAGAUUUUUUGGAAACAAUGCUUCUCUGACACCAUUUAUCUACCAAUAAAUAUUCAUAUAAAAAUUGAAUGUCUGUGUCUGAUGGUUCAGUUCCCUGAAGAAACUUCAGGACCAAAUCUUCUACUCCAUGUAUAAAAAAAAAAUGAAUUACAUGAUACUGGGGCUCCAUUGUCAAUACGUAGUGUGUUACAAACCACAGAAAAUUUG